UGGAUUGGUUUGUUAUCAGGCAUCUUCUUCAGGCGUAGAGAUUUCUGAGUUAAUGCAGAAAAGAAAAGAAGAAGAAGAAAAGCGAAAAACAGCCGAGGAGACAAUAGAAAAAGAAAGAAAGGAGCAUCAAGAUAAGAUCUCCACACUAAACAUUGAACUAAAGAAGAUACAAAGUCAAAUGGAAGAGCUAGACGAAGCCAAGAGAAAGGCUGAAGAAACUAUUGAAUUAGAAAGAAAAACAUAUCAAGAAAAGAUUGCCGAACGAGAGAGGAAGACUCAGGAGAAUAGAAUGAAGAGUAAUCAAGAUAUUGUAGUUUUGUGCAUCGAUGAUGCGGAGAAGAUUAUUCAAGACUCACUCGACCAGUUUGAUAAUCCACAUCAUAGUUCAACCACAUGUACAGCAGAAUACCUGAUCAGCCGGCUUGAGGGCAUCAGUGAUCACCUAGACAAAGUUACAACAAGUUUCAAGACGUACCAGUCCAAUUCUGAAGAUUUUCUACCACUCGUAUCGUUCAUCUCAUCCUAUUCGUAUCAUCUCAGUGACUGUUUAAUCAACGCAAAAGCCACGUCCCACAUGGCACCAUCACAAGAAGCACAAGACUUGACAACACGUAGUGAAUCUGCUGGUAAGAUGUCACUGGAGCUAUUGGAAUCUAUGAAGUCUAGGGAUGUGGAUUCUCAGUUACUGGAGGACAAAGUGAACCAAAUAAAGAAAGACCUUGAAGGACUUACUAAUGUUGCACGGGAUCUUGCUCCCAAGGAAAAGGACAACGCAGAAGCCAUUGGUUCUGAAGUAGACAAAGAAAUCAAUGCUACUGCAGAGCUCGUAGCGGACGCAGCUCGUCGUAUUGAGGAAAUGUUAAAUAAUACUCGAGAGAAGUAUACUGGUGUUCAACUUGAGGUUCAUGGAAGAAUCUUAGAUUCAUGCACAUCAUUGAUGCAGGCCAUUAAAGUGUUGAUCAUAAAAUCCAAGAAUCUCCAASAAGAGAUAGUCGGGGAAGGCAAGGGCACUGCCACUGCUAGAGAAUUCUAUAAACGUCACCACAGAUGGACAGAAGGUCUUCUUUCCGCUGCCAAAGCUGUUGGUUGGGGAGCCAAGGUCCUGGUGGAUUCUGCAGAUAAAGUCGUACAGGGUAAAGGAAAGUUCGAAGAAUUAGUUGUGGCAUCCAAUGAAAUCACUGCUAGCACAGCCCAGUUGGUGGCAGCGUCAAGAGUGAAAGCUCAUCAUGGAAGCCCUAAGUUAUCUUCAUUACAAGUCGCUUCAAAAGACGUUGUUGAAUCAGCUGCAAAUGUUGUUGCGUCAGUCAAAACUGGAGCGGAAAUGAUCGAGGACAGCAAGACUGUCCCUGACUACUCCAAGUUAACGCUAACGCAAACCAAACGAAUGGAGAUGGACUCCCAGGUUCGUUUGUUAGAGCUGGAAAGCAGCCUGACGAAAGAAAGAGAAAAACUUGGCCAAUUAAGACGAAUACACUAUCAACUCGCUGCUGCAGAGGAGGAAACUGAAGCACAAUAACAGGUAAAGCAGGUUUAGACCAGCCAGGUCUGAGCUAUUUUUCUCAACUAACAGGAAAAGGAAAGUGCAGAACGUUUCAAGUAAAAUUAACAAGUCAAGAUUUUUUCUGGAGAGAGGAUAAAAUCAUGUAUCAUACAGACACACUGGUGGUUGUACUGGUGAUUCCUUGAAUCAAGAAAAAAUGACAGAAAAACUCAAAUAUUAUUUUAAGAUAGGAAUGGAAGAAAUGAUCAUAUUUGGUUUAAAUGAUAGAAUUCUCGUUCGUUCAAUAAUAACUUCUUGGUUCUGUCGUCAAUA